GCCUCGAGUCACGGCCGUUCGAAGUGCACGUGAGCUUCAAAUGAACGGGAUUUCGUUUCAUUCAGAAACUACGAAGCCGCGGUUCUGCUAGCCGCGUCUCGAAUCUGCACGUAUUUUGCCAGCCAGUGCUAUACAGGACACGUGUUCGCCUUUGACGGAUCGAAAUGACGCUGCAAGCGAUUAAAUGGGAAAACGGCAAGCUGGAGAUACUCGAUCAGAUACUGUUGCCGGCGAUCUCACGAUACAUCCCUGUCAAAGGCGUGGAGGAUGGCUGGAAGGUCAUCAAUAGCAUGCAGGUUCGAGGUGCACCAGCUAUAGCCAUUGUGGGCUGUCUAAGUUUGGCGACAGAGAUUAAGAAUGAGGAAUAUAUGGAUAAGAAGAGCCUACGCCGGGAUGUAGAGGGCAAAUUGAAUUACUUGGUCUCUGCUCGUCCAACUGCUGUUAAUAUGAAAAUCGCAGCAGAUGAAUUAAUACAGUUGGCUAAUAAACUUAGUAAAGAUGAGACUGUUAAUGUAACGGAAAUGAAAGAAAGAUUUAUUGAAGCCAUAGAAGCCAUGCUGGAGAAGGAUAUUGCCGAUAACAAAGCUAUUGGUGACUUUGGAGCACAGGAGAUAUUGAAGAAUGUGUCUGGAGAUAAUUUUGUCAGGAUUUUGACGCACUGUAACACUGGCAGCCUUGCAACAGCAGGUUAUGGCACAGCUUUAGGUGUUAUUAGAUCCCUUCAUAAGAAAAAUAGUCUUGAACAGGCAUAUUGUUCUGAAACUAGACCAUACAAUCAAGGAGCAAGACUGACUGCAUACGAAUUAGUAUAUGAAAAAAUUCCCGCUACCCUCAUUUGCGACGGCAUGGUAGCAGCACUAAUGAAAUCAAGGAAUAUCUCUGCAGUGGUAGUUGGUGCAGAUAGGGUUGCCGCGAAUGGUGAUACGGCUAACAAAAUUGGAACCUAUCAAAUUGCCAUAGUCGCUAAGUACCACAAUGUUCCUUUCUAUGUGGCGGCUCCACGAACCUCUAUAGACUUCAGUAUCCCUAGUGGUGAUCAUAUUGUUAUCGAAGAAAGGCCAGAAAGGGAACUGACACAUAUAAAUGACCAACGAGUCGCCGCGCAUGGAAUACAAUGCUGGAAUCCAGCUUUUGAUGUAACCCCAGCUAGUCUUAUUAAAGGCAUCAUUACGGAAGUUGGGGUGUACAGACCCGAGAACCUGAUACAAUUGAAGAAUUAUGAAAACUCAUAAAUUAUUGAUCGAUUACGGGCUAAGAAGCUUCUGGAUGCAUUUAUACGAACGAGUUAAUCGGUGAUUUCGAUGUUACGAGAAAUUGUUGC